UCGGCGAAUGGGGAACGCGCACGCGACUAGCCGCGCGAACGAGCCGUUUCGCUCGCAACGAGAGCGUCACCCGUGCCCACGAUUGAGUUCCUUCGAUUCUGCAUCGUUUCCGUCGCCGAGUAGCGGGGCAGGAGAGGAACGACAGGGGGUGGACCGGCGAGAAUGGAGCGGUUUCGAGUGACGCCAACGGACAACGCUGUGCGCUACACGCGGCACUCGGCGACAGUACGCGAUUGCGACCAACCGCUUAAUGGUACACAAUUGGAGCAUCUGGUGACUGUAUCUACGAGUGCGUGCGAUGGAGGCGGCGCCGGCGGAGAUGGCGAUCCUAUCGUCAGCACCAAUUCCGAGAAGAAAUCCGGAUAUGAAACGAAUCUGUACCUCUACAAUGAGGAGAUGGAGGAUCGGCCACGGAUUUCAACGUUGCUCAACAACUUGGCCGAUUAUAGCAACACCAUCCCCGCUCCAACCGACCCGGAUAGACCGGCUGCAUCCGCAGGAGGUGGAGCACGGAUGGGUACGCUCAUAGGGGUCUAUUUGCCCUGCAUCCAGAACAUCUUUGGCGUGAUCCUCUUUAUCCGGUUGACAUGGGUAGUCGGCACGGCCGGCGCCGUUCAAGGCUUCUUCAUCGUGCUUUGCUGUUGUUGCGCGACGAUGCUGACAGCGAUUAGCAUGAGUGCCAUCGCCACUAACGGCAAGGUACCAGGUGGUGGUUCCUAUUUUAUGAUAUCGAGAAGUUUAGGACCUGAAUUUGGCGGCGCAGUGGGCAUGUUGUUUUACACCGGUACUACUUUAGCCGCUGCGAUGUACAUCAUCGGUGCCGUGGAGAUUGUUCUCACUUACAUGGCGCCGUCGCUCAGCAUAUUCGGUGACUUCACGAAGGAUGCCAAUAUUAUGUAUAACAACUUUCGAGUAUACGGCACUUGCUUGCUGAUGGUAAUGGGCUUGAUCGUCUUCGUGGGCGUGAAGUUCGUUAAUAAAUUUGCUACGGUGGCACUGGCCUGCGUCAUUUUCUCCAUCAUCGCUGUUUACGUGGGUCUCUUCGUGAACGUCAACGGCAACGAGUCCCUAAAAUUGUGCGUGCUCGGCAGAAGGCUAGUGAAGGACAUCAACGUUUUAACCGAUUGCAAUAAAAAUGUCAGCGGUGUGUUGCAUAAGCUUUAUUGCAGUAAUGGCACGAGAUGCGAUCCUUAUUACACCGAGAACAAUAUUACUAUCGUCAACGGCAUUCGCGGCUUAGCAAGCGGAGUAUUCUUAGAAAACAUAUGGAGCAGUUACCAAGAACAGGGUCAAUUAAUCGCUUAUGGAAGUGAUGCCAAGGAUAUUGAUGUCCUGUCAGGAUCGACGUACAAUCAGAUUCAAGUCGACCUUACGACAACUUUUACUAUUCUUAUCGGUAUAUUCUUUCCUUCUGUCACAGGCAUUAUGGCGGGCUCUAACCGAUCCGGUGAUCUGGCGGAUGCACAGAAAUCCAUCCCGAUCGGUACGAUCUGCGCCAUCUUAACGACCUCCACCGUCUAUCUCUCCAGUGUUCUCCUCUUCGCUGGUACUGUUGACAACCUGCUAUUACGCGACAAGUUCGGCCAAAGUAUCGGCGGUAGACUAGUGGUGGCAAAUAUGGCGUGGCCGAACCAGUGGGUGAUACUUAUCGGUUCAUUCCUGUCGACACUGGGUGCCGGCCUCCAGUCCUUGACCGGAGCACCGCGAUUACUGCAGGCGAUCGCCAAGGACGGCAUCAUCCCAUUUCUGGCGCCGUUCGCCGUGAGUUCGAGUCGGGGCGAGCCUACCCGCGCCCUGAUCGUCACUGUGAUGAUCUGCCAAUGUGGCAUCCUACUUGGCAAUGUGGAUUACCUGGCGCCGUUGUUGUCUAUGUUCUUCCUCAUGUGCUACGGUUUCGUAAAUCUCGCGUGCGCUCUGCAGACCCUGCUGCGCACCCCCAACUGGCGACCGCGUUUCAAAUACUAUCACUGGAUUCUAUCCUUCCUUGGUCUGUCGCUGUGCAUUGCCAUCAUGUUCAUGACCAGUUGGAUCUACGCACUGAUAGCGAUGGGUAUGGCUGGCUGCAUCUACAAGUACAUUGAAUAUCGCGGCGCCGAGAAAGAAUGGGGCGAUGGUAUCCGCGGUCUGGCGCUCUCUGCCGCUAGAUAUUCAUUGUUGCGACUUGAGGAGGGCCCGCCGCACACUAAGAACUGGCGCCCGCAGAUCCUGAUCCUCGCCAAGCUCACCGACGAUUUAACUCCCAAGUAUCGCAAACUCUUCGCCUUUGCCAGCCAACUCAAGGCCGGCAAGGGUCUUACGAUCACCGUCAGCUGCAUUGCUGGCGACUACGCACAGAACUCGGGUGAAGCGUUGGCGGCCAAGCAGAGCCUCAAGAAGACCGCGGCGGAAGAGAAGGUGAAGGGUUUCGUCGACGUUCUCGUGGCUAAAAACAUCGUUGACGGGCUGAGCUCAUUGGUGCAAACCACCGGGCUGGGCGGACUGAAACCCAACACGGUGAUACUAGGCUGGCCGUAUGGCUGGCGGCAGUCGGAGCAGGAAAGAACCUGGCGGGUAUUUCUUCAAACUGUCAGGAGCGUUACGGCUGCCAAAAUGGCAUUACUAGUGCCUAAGGGCAUCAAUUUCUUCCCGGAUUCCAGCGAAAAGAUUAUUGGUAACAUCGACGUUUGGUGGAUCGUGCAUGAUGGUGGUCUCCUGAUGCUGCUACCGUUUCUAUUGAAACAGCAUCGUACCUGGAAGAACUGCAAGAUGAGGAUCUUUACUGUUGCCCAGAUGGAGGAUAACUCGAUACAAAUGAAGAAGGAUCUGAAGAAGUUCUUGUACGACCUGAGAAUCGAAGCAGAAGUCGAAAUUGUCGAAAUGACAAAUACGGACAUCUCUGCGUAUACGUACGAGCGUACCCUGAUCAUGGAGCAAAGGAAUCAAAUGCUACGCGAGCUGCAGCUGAACAAGAAGCAGUCCUUAGGAGUGGUGCAGACAUUGGUGGACUUCAACGAGGUACCCGCUGAAGAAAAAUUACCUCUGGUACAGGCAAUCGUAGACCAUCACCACAAUGUGGACGCCAAAGUACCGACGAAGGUGAGAUUCCAAGAGCCGGGUGUGCAGAACACGAAUGUCACCGAUGACACGAAGGAGAAAUUGAUGCAAGAGACCGAUCUGAACAGCAAGGAGUUGGAAGCUACCGAAACAAACGAGAAAGAGGAGGAGGCGAAGGAGGAGAACAACGAUGAAGAGACAAACCUGAUCGGUGGCUCGCCUAAAGCAGAGAACAAAGAGAAUGCAGAGAAGGAAGCGAAGGAGAACAACUCGCCGGAGAACAGGAGUCAAAGUCAAAGUCCAGAAGUUAAGAAACCCCCGAUUACACCUGACGAGGGUGACGUGAAGCGUAUGCAUACGUCAUUGAAGUUGAACGAGGUGAUUCGCAAGAUGAGUAGCGAAGCUCAGUUGGUCAUUCUAAAUCUUCCUGGACCGCCACGGGACACGAGAAUGGAGCGCGAAUCGAGCUAUAUGGAGUUCCUCGAGGUGCUCACCGAGGGCUUGGAAAGAGUAUUGAUGGUACGGGGUAGCGGACGAGAGGUGAUCACUAUCUACUCGUGAACUGAAGCAACGGGAACUGAUGCCGCUGCCUUUCAGAAGCAGACCUCUAGUUUACUUCUCAGUGACCUAAACAACAUCACCCUAAGGAACACGCUACUAUUGUGCCAUUGUCUGCGCAGUCACUUGCGUCCUGCGCCCCGAGAAUCAUUAAGAAGAGAAGGAUGAGAACAGUGGUCGUUCACAUCGGACCGGAAGAACAAAGUUUUAUUGAAAUCGACUUAUCACACGGACCCCAACGACCGAGGAUGAAGCCAAAAAACGAUGCCAAAGGAUAAAUUUCCUUGAAGCGGUUUUCUGAAUGUCAAAAAAAACAAAAUGCGAUUUCGUGCGUCCGUUAUACAUGCAUACCAAAGCGGUGACUGCUCAAGUCAAACGCGAUGAUCUAUUUCUACUCGAUUAGGCUCGCUGGACUGCGUCGUUUACUUACUUUCCAAAGAUCCGGACAUCGGCAGCGAUGUCCGCGACACAAGUUCUCGAGUAAGCGUUACUUUCAUUCAAUUCCUUGCAAUCUACAGCUAAUACUACGUCUAAAGUGAAAAAGAAACUUUAAAAUAGACAAACGACAAAAGAGAGAGAGAGAGAGAGAGAAAAAAAAGAAUAUGAGAAUCAAAAUUUGGUCCGAGGCUAAGGUCGAAGCAUCUACGAAACCACUGCCAGACUACUUUCUAAAUGCUUCGCGUUUAACCAAAGACGCGAGAGGCUCAUUUUUCUACACGCAUUGUCGUUAAUAGGGAAAGAAUAAGAAUAGUAGAAACGUAUCUAUAAUUUUAUUGCUUGAUAGGUGAAUCUAGAGGGUAGCCUAGGGUAGCGCCGACUUUUAUUAUGAUUACGUAUGUGUAUUUGAUAAUAGAAAAAAAAAAAACAAACGGCGAGAGCACGUGGCGAGUAUUAUUGCAUUUUCUCCGGGGACCGCGGGGCCCCGCUCUCUUUUCCAGUCUCGCGCGGAAAAACUCUUCACACAGCAAGCAACGUACACGUUGUAUGUAUGUACAUGCAUAUACACACAUACUCAUGCGCGCGCGCGCGCGUGUGCACGCGUUUGUAUUGUAUUGUCUUUAAGGCCUACCGGUCCAAGAUACCACUACCACUUCUUGCUAAUCGAUAACACCAAGUGAAGUUGAAUCGCGUCGUCAGGAGCGUAACCCAAAAGACUCAAUGCCAAAACGCGCGUUCGGUCUUUACCGAAUCUCAUCGAAGGAUAUAUAUAUAAAUAGCUUUAGCAUAUUUAAAGUGACUCUAACUGCAUUAAGUGUCGUCGUGUGUUUGUCACAUUUCGCGCGUUGUCCUCGUUUCCGGCCGCGCUCCAUUUUAGACACUGUCUAAUAUACCUAGUUAAUCAGCGAGCGCGAGGUACAGGUACAAGUCGGUAGUUGCUUUUCUCAUUCCUUUCGGCGGUUUCGAAAUUGGCCUUUUUAUUAGAUUAUCGACGAGUCACCAAAUUGAAUCCGGCGCUGGUAGAAAAUGGAAUGGUUAAUUUAAUUUAAACCAGUGAGAUCCAAAUUGAUUCCAAUUUCUGUAAAUUAUUGAAGCGAUGUUACCUUCCACGCUCCAUUGAUCAAGAAAAGAAUUAUAUUUGGACCGCUUUUGUUCUUAAAGUGAUCACGUGGUUUAAAAAAUUUUUAAAGUAAAUUUUACUGGAGCCGAAUAACUUGUUUUUCCUUCGAACUUCGAAAUCGAUGAGUGAACAAUUUAAUGAAAGGAUGGGGAAAGGUAUAGGCCGCAGGACUUAUAACACGUUUGAGAUGUAAUAUUUAUCGAUAUAUUACUUAUAAUCAGUGUCUGUGAGCAAGUUAUAUUGUACUAAGGAUUACGCGGAUUACCGUACCGCAACUUGUCAAAUUUCUGAAAACGUUUCUGCUACUGGCGAAACGACCGAAGCGACAAGAGUUGACGGAUAUUUUGAUCAUGUACACAGGAUGCGCCAGAAUUACCGCGUCUUUUUUCAGUCACAAAUAUAUAGAUAGAAUGCAAAAAAAUUAUUUCAAAACUGGAAAAUCGAUGAUUUUCUCAAAAUGAUUUCAGAUUCAAAAUUUAGAAAAAUUUAAUUUAAGGAAAUAAACAAAACAAUCAUGAUUUCUGAAUUAUUUUUAUUUUCUUAUUUUAAUUUUAAAUAAAAUGCAUCAAGUAAAUUUUUAUCGAGGAAAGGUCGACAUCAUCAGAAACAGAUGGAAGCGCGAUAAUUCCGGGGCAUUUUUGCGUACAUAUAUGUACAUUCACAUUGUUCAUUGUAAAGUGCACGCAUUGUCCUGCAAUACCAGUAGCUAGAAAAGAUAAAGAGGUGGGAGAAAAAUGUGAAAGCGUUAAUAUUAUACUCUAUGAAAGUGUAUCGGACUAAGGACGGUCGAGCGCGAGCCGAUAUCGCCGCCGACCGGCUAAGUCUAGACAAAGAAAAAUCCAUUAACGGGAGAGAGAAGAGAAUCCUACAUCCGCACUGAGUUGUUUCACAUCUAUAUCCUUAUGACAUCGAAUGCGGAUUUGAAUCGUGUACUUUGAAAUCAGAAAAAAGGAAGCACAUGAGAGAGAGCAUUAAGCAUUCCCUGAUUGCACAAAAUAAUUGUUGGAGAGGUAGCCAAAAUGCUCGUUACGUCAGUUCGAUGCAAGCAAUACGUAUAUGUAUAUCUUCAUCGACUACAUCGUAACAGGCGAAAUAUCUAAAACAAAAUUAGAAUAUGUAAAGAUCUAAUACAUAUAUAAACACACACACACACAUACAUACAGUAUAUUAUUAUAUUUUCUUCCUCUACCUCUCUCUCUCUCUCCCUAUAUAUAUGUAUGUAUAUCUUUCUCGUCCACGAUGUUAGCGACAUGUAUUUUAUAAUUUUAUUACGUUACUUACCGAUUACAUAUAUUUUAUGUGUACUUAUCUUACUCGAUAGGCAUUGGCACUGCAUAGUUUAUACGAGACAUGUUGACAUUAUGAGAAAGUUUAUCAUGAUUACGAGUCGACUGUUGCCGAUAAAAGUCACCAAUAUAUAAUUCACACGUGUACAUAAAAGCGCAUAGAUAAAGAAGAAAGAGAAAUGUAAAAAAAAA